GCUCACGAUACAGACGAACUUCGGUUUGAUGUGGUAGUUAAUAAUUAUAACAAUUGGUGUUUACGUGCGGAAACUCCAGAAGACCGCAUUCAUUGGGUCGAGGUAUUGCAAAUGUAUAAGGAGGAUACAGCAAGCACAGAUACUACGUCCCUACGGCGUCAUGGUAGCACCAUGUCUUUGCAGUCAAAUACAGUGUCGGUGGCCAGCGGAAACAGUCUAAAAAAAACACAAAGAAACUUAAAGGAAAAAGCAGGUGAAAUAGAGACAUUUAAAGAUAUACUUUUCGGACAGAUCGAAACUCUCCAAAGAUAUUUUGAUGCUUGUGCCGAUAUUAACAAGACAACAGGAAAAUCCCUUGAUCUAGGCGAUGGCUUAAAACCAAUCGAUUUUAAGGGAGAAUCAAUCACUUUUCGUGCCACAACUUCCGGUGUAUUAACAACCCUUCAACACUGCGUAGAUAUAAUUGCUGAAAGUGAUGAUUUGUGGAAAAAGAAGUUGGAGAGGGAAAUAGACAGGCGAAAACGAACUGAAGAACAAAAUCGAAAAUACAAGGAGGAGAUCGAAAAAAUUAAACGUAUUUCAUAUCCAGGACCCGAUUUUGAGGAGGGUCCACAUUCCACGCUUCCCGAAGAUGAGUUCUUUGAUGCCGUUGAAACUGGCCUGGAAAAAAUCGAGGAAGACAUGCAACUUCGCGCUAAGCUAAAGUUGCAGUCGCAGCAAUCUUUGACGGUGGCGCAAGCACCGCAUCAAGUCCAGCUUGAAGGAAACACUCCCAGCCUGGAAGAGUUCGGCACUGGCGGAUUAGCCAGAAGUCACAUACUGUGGCCGGAGAUCGAUCGUGUUUGCAGUGAACAGUUGCGAUAUGCUCGCGAAGGAGUUGGUGAGGGUGGUAACGGUUGGCAAAUAUUUGCUGAUGAAGGUGAAAUAAAAAUGUACAAGCGAGAAGAAGAAGUAAAUGGAUUAGUUAUGGAUCCCUUGAAAGCAUAUCACAGCGUUAAUGGGGUUACAGCACGUGAAAUGUGCCAUUACUUCUUCAUGCCCGAGUUUCGCAAUGAGUGGGAGACCACUCUUGAAGACUGCACCAUUCUAGAAAAAAUUUCGCCCGACACAUUCGUCUUCUUACAAACACAUAAACGUAUAUGGCCUGCCAGUCAACGAGAUGCCCUUUUUUGGUCACAUAUGCGUAAAAUUACAGAUGGACUUGAUGAGGACGCUGUAGAUAUGUGGGUCGUUUGUAAUAACUCCACGGAUUACUCUAAACAGGAAUCAAAAAAUGGCAAAUGCGUUCGCAUUUUUCUGACCGUAAUUUUAGCCUGCCAGACACGUUUACCCCCUGGAAAAACAAAAAAUGAUGAUCUUAGUCGCGACGAAUUAGCUUGUAAAAUCACAUAUUGCUCUGUUGUCAAUCCUGGUGGUUGGGCGCCUGCUUCCGCUUUGCGAGCCGUUUACAAGCGCGAGUAUCCUAAGUUCCUGAAACGUUUUACCGGAUAUGUGAUAGAUCAAUGCAAGAACAAACCAAUAAUGUUCUGAUAUUAGCAGUCAUUUCCUUAAACAAUGUUUUCCAACUGUAAUGGAUUUGAGUGAAAAAUUUUUGUUAACAUAUCUUUUCAGUUUCCAUUUUUUUGUUGAUAAUAAGAAGAAAUAACAUUUAAAACAUAAAACUACCGUUCGGUUGAUCCUCGAAAGAAAAUAAGCGUAUAAUAACAUUUUACUCA